UGGCGGAGCGCGGGGGGCGGAGCUUCUCAGGGCAGGGGGCGGAGGUUCCCGGACCGGCUGUGUCCUAGCGGGUGGGGACCAGGGUUGUGGCUGGCUGGGACCGCCCGGCGGAGGCAGUGCGGCUCGGACCCUGCGCUGUGCCUUUGCAGCAGCCUCGAGCCCUGGAAUUGGGGUGUCUCAGGUGUCCAGGGGUAUGCAUUUGACUGAGGGGCUGAAGCCCGGAACGCGACCCUCAGCCGAGGACAAGGCAGGGUGCGUGUUGGGCUGAGCCCGCGGGAGCCACCUCAGUCACCAGCAGAGAAGGCCCCGCUGGGUCCAGAAGGCCUGAUGGCUGUGUCAGUGCAGCAGGACCUGGUGCAGCAUGGCUGUGUGACCUUUGAAGACGUGACCAUUUACUUCUCCCAGGAGGAGUGGGGCCUGCUCAGCGAGGCACAGAGACUCCUGUACUGCGAUGUGAUGCUGGAGAACUUUGCACUCAUAGCCUCUCUGGGGCUCACCUCUUUCAGGUGCCAUGUCAUUGCCCAACUCGAGGUGGGGAAAGAACCCUGGGUGCCUGACAGAGUGGCUAUGACUUCAGCCAUGACAAGAGGGGCUUUUGGCAGGCCUGGCUCUGAUUUUUGCUGUGGAACAGAGCUCAAGGAGCUACCUUCUGAGCAAAAUGUUUCUGUACAAGGAAUAUCCCAGGAUGGGAAUCCCAAGACAUCUCUGUCCACACAGAAGACCUACCCCCAUGACACAUGUGGCCCACACUUGAAAGACAUUUUAUGCCUGGCUGAACAUCAAGCAACACGUGCCAGGCAGAAGCCCUACAUGUGUGAGGCAAGUAGGACAGGGUUCAAGUUCAACAGAAACCUUCCCCAGCAGCAGGUGCAGAAGAAUGCAGACAAGCCUGCCAGAAAGGAGGAGGGCAGGGCCUCUCCUGGAAAGACCUGCUCAGACCACUCAUCACAGAAGCCUUCCAUGUGUGGGGAGGGCAGGGAGGACUUUGUGGCCACAUCAGGCUUUGUGCAGAGUCAGGUCACUCCCAGUGUGGAGGAGGCACACAAGAAUUCUGAAGGUGCAUUAGAUUUUCCCUCUGCCCAAAGGCAUAACAAGAGCAGUCCAUCUAGAGAUGCUUUCAGUGCCACAUCCACACUUGUUCAUCAACAGAGAGUCCACAUUGGAGAGAGGCCCUAUGAAUGUAGCAAGUGUGGGAUAUUCUUUAGCAAUGCCUCUGGCCUCAUGCAACACCAGAGAGUUCACAAUCGAGGAAAACCGUAUGAGUGCUGUGAGUGCGGGAAAUUCUUUAGCCAACACUCUAGUCUCGUGAAACAUCAGAGAGUUCACACUGGUGAAAGCCCCCACAUGUGCGGUUACUGUGGAAAAUUCUUUAGCCGAAGCUCCAACCUUAUCCAACAUAUGAGGGUCCACACUGGUGAAAAGCCCUACGAGUGCAGCGAAUGUGGGAAAUUCUUUAGCCAGCGUUCCAACCUCAUUCAUCAUAGAAGAGUUCACACUGGUAGAAGUGCUCAUGAAUGCAGGGAAUGUGGGAAAUCUUUUAACUGCAACUCCAGUCUGAUUAAGCAUGGCAGAGUUCACACUGGAGAAAAACCUUAUAAGUGCAAUGAAUGUGGGAAAUUCUUUAGCCAGAUUGCCAGUCUCAUUCAACACUAUAUAGUUCACACUGGUGAACGGCCUUUUGGGUGCGGUGAAUGUGGGAAAGCCUUCAGCCGAAGCUCUGACCUAAUGAAACAUCAGAGAGUUCACACUGGUGAGCGGCCUUAUGAGUGCAUUGAAUGUGGGAGGCUGUUUAGCCAAAAUUCCAGCCUCAAUAGUCAUAGGAGACUUCACACAGGUGAACGGCCUUAUCAGUGCAGUGAAUGUGGCAAAUUCUUUAAUCAAAGCUCCAGCCUCAGCAACCAUCGGAGACUUCAUACUGGUGAACGGCCUUAUGAGUGUAGUGAAUGUGGGAAAACCUUCAGACAAAGGUCGAAUCUGAGGCAGCACCAGAAAGUUCACAAACCAGAUAGACCUUAUAAAUGCAAUGAAUGUGGCAAAGCCUUCAGCCAAAGGCCCACCCUUAUUCGGCAUCAGAAAAUUCACACUAGAGAAAGAAAUGUGCAUCCUUCUUGUUCAACACAGCUGCACACAGCAGAGAGAGGCUAUGAUAGUGGGCUUUAUGAAGGUGUGUCAGCCAGAUGCUGAACCUCGUUCAUCCAUGUGGUCACGUUGGGGAGAUUCCCUAUUAUAGCUAGAUAUGGUGGACAUUUUCAGGAGCUAAGCUGUAUUUAUCUAUUUUGUCACUGCUAGAGUUUGGGACAGAAGCCAUCUCAACUGUGCCUACUCUGCAGCGUCCAAAGUGAAUCAGCUACUCCACCAUCCAAGAGAAAGCAGAGUUCUGUUUUCUUUCCAGUUUCUGAAGGGAAUCUUGGGUUCCUGAGACCAUGGGACGAUGUCAGUCCUCCUCAUGGCUGGUCUAGCUAUCAACAUGACCCA